AUGACCCGGCUCUCCAUCCUCCCGGCAGUCCUCGGACUCGCCUCCCUGGCCCAGGCCCAAUGCGGCUCCGGCACCCCCGACGCCAGCGUCACGGGCUCCGGCAGCUCCUUCGUCGCCACAGCCGGCGGCAGCCAAGUGUACUCGGGCUCCUCGUACCUCACCGCCAUCCAAACGGCCAUCGACUCAGUCAGCAGCGGCGCACGCAUCGCGGUCAUCGCAUCCGGCUCGAUCGGCGCCAGCACCAUCACUUUGGACUCGGGCAAAAUCUUCGAAGGCUGCGGCACCAUCGACGUCGCCAACAACGCGGGCAAAGGCGCCAUCGAGUCCACCGGCACCACCGACGUGCAGAUCCCGUACCUCAGCAUGACCGGCGCGCCGUACUUCGGGCUGCGCUUCUCGGGGACCACCAACCUCGUCUUGGGAGAAAUCACGAUGAACCUCAGCGGCGGCAUCGGCAUCCGCUUCGACCGCGACGCCGCCGCCAACAAGAACGUCAAGAUGGGCACGAUCCGCGUGACCGGCGCCGGCAGCCACGCCGUCGAGACGUGGAACAUCGACGGGCUGACGAUCGACAGCGUCAUUGCGCGCUCCUGCGGCGAGUGCGGGCUGUUGCUGCAGGCGACGACGAAUGCGCAGGUGGGGCUGGUCGACGGCGACAGCGUCGGCGGCAGCACGGGCUACGCGACGCUGCGCUUUGCGAACCGGAACGGCCGCCUGUCGAGCGGCAGCUACGAGAAGAACGUCUUCAUCGACCGCGUCGUGUCGCGCGGUGGUGGCCGCGGUGUGUUCUGCGUCUCGGAGUCCGGUGGUGCGGAGAUCACGGAGAUUGAUUUGGCGGACAACGGCAACAACGCUAUCCUGAUCGAGAACUGCUAUGGUGUGUCGAUCCUGGGCGGUACCGUUGAGGGUGGUGGUGAGGUCCGUCUGGCGGCGCGUGACGAGUUUGAGAACAACCGCGACAUCUCCAUCACUGCGACUGUGAACGACAACACUGUUCGCGAGUCGCCGUGCGGCGAGAACAUUAGCUGGAACCUGUCCGGUAAUGCUGCGCAGAACAUCUGCUAG